UCCGAACUGUCGGCGGUGGUGGUGCUGAGUUGCACUCGGAGCUUUCGUUCGGCGAGGUUUCAAGUUCCCAAAAAACGCCAUGAACGGGCACCAUGCCUCGUACGCCGUCAUCGGAUACGUGCUGCUGACGGCGGUGGCCGUGCUGGCCGUGUACUACCGGUGGUCCAGGCGGAAGCUGCUCGGUGCGGUGGCCAACAUGGACGGACCGCUGUCACUUCCGCUCAUUGGCCACGCGUAUCUGCUGUUUAAGUUUACAUCCGAAGCGGCCAUCUUCCGCAACUUCACCGAGAUGGCCAAGCUGUACACCUCGCCGGUCUGCUUCAACAUCGGGCCGCUGGUCCACGUGGCGCUGUUCACCCCGGAGCACCUGCAGAUCGUGCUGAACUCUCCGUACUGCACCAGCAAACCGCGCCAGUACGGGUUCUUCGGCGUGAAUCGGGGCCUUUUCUCGGCGCCCGGCCCAUUGUGGAAGAGCCAGCGGCGGAAUUUGAACUUGUCGUUUGGGAGUGCCAUCUUGAGCAGCUUUCUGGGAAUCUUCAACGAGAAGAGCUCGAUUCUGGUGGAGAAUUUGGCGGCGUACGUCGGCCAGCCGCAGCGUGACAUUUCGCACGAUAUUGCCAAGUGUUUUCUGGAUACGAUUUACUCGACGGCAUUUGGGUUGAACUUUGAUUUGCAACGGACCGCCAAGGGGGAUCACAUCUUGCAGAUUCAGGAAGAGUUUAUUGAUCUUGUUACGAGGCGAAUAUUCUCCCCGAUGAAGUAUCCGGAAUUCCUGUUUCGAAUGACAAAAGAUUACAAAAAACAGCAGGAGGUUCUGGAGUUUAUGCGAGACACGUCGCUCAAAGUGAUGGAGACUAAGAUUGGCGAUGAUGGAUUGGCUUCCAAGCUGGACGUCAACAGCAAUGAAGAAGAAAACUUGGAUGGAAAGUCACCUCAGAUAUUCUUGGAUAGUUUGAUGGAUUUGGCUAGGAAAUCCGAAGAUUUCACGAUGAAGGAUAUCAUCGAUAACUUAAUCACGAUUAUAGUAGCUGGAAAUGACACAACCGCUACAACUUUAAGUAACUUAAUGCUCAUGUUGGCGAUCCACCAGGAUGUUCAGGAACGAGUUUACCAAGAGAUUAUGCAAGCUUGUCCAGCAAAGGAUCAGUUUGUAUCGCAAGAAGAUGUCGGUAUGCUCACUUAUACCGAAAUGGUUUGCAAGGAAACGAUGAGACUGUUCCCCAUUGCGCCACUGAUUGGUCGAGUAACGACCCAGGAAAUAAAACUGGAUGACAAGAACUCCAUACCGGCGAACGCAACGAUCGUGGCGGUCAUCUACCAGGUGCAUCGAGAUCCGUCGAUUUGGGGCCCGGAACCGGAAAAGUUCAACCCGGAUCACUUCCUGCCGGAGAAUUGCUCCCGAAGACAUCCGUACGCGUACGUUCCGUUCAGUGCCGGUCCACGGAACUGCAUUGGGCUGCGGUACGCGUGGAUUUCGAUGAAGAUCUUGAUCGCGCACGUACUUCGGAGGUACCGGCUGAGGACAACACUCACGAUGGAAUCGAUCAAGAUGAAGGACUCGAUCAUUCUGAGAAUCUCCAACGGUUGUCUGGUGACGCUGGAGGAGCGAAUGUGAUGUGACUGUUGAAAAACUUCCUAUUCCUAUCCUGGCUGAAUCUGAAGUCAAUAUACCGAACAGUGAUGUGAUCUAGCAUAUUGAAACAAUAGUUGUCCUUGAUCAGAAACUUGCAACACUGUAUCUACCAAGCCUGAAUAUUUAGAGCAACAUUUUUUUAUUGUUUUACUCCAACUUUUCAGGUUUAUAUUUUGCCGUGUUGAUCUAAACCAUUAACGAUCUCCUUAACUUGUUAGACAUUGCAAAGUAGUGUUUCAACCGUUUCAUAACUGUACUGCAUGAUUCCUGCUGUUAUGAAAUUUUCAAUAAAUAAAUUAUAACCAUUA